UCGACACAAUGGGAGAUUUUCAAGCGAGAUGCGCAAAAAUCGCACGAUGUGCACAUUUAUUUUUGCGCUUCUUUGAAGGGAAUGACAGCUGGAAACAAAAAGCGACACAGAAACACGAAAGAAAAGACCAGAUAUGAAACUAUAUGCAAGAAUUGACCCAUAUUCAUAUUCCCUAAAAAUACAUUUAGACUGAAACAAAAAUAAAUAAAACUCCAAUAAUAUUUUUUUUCCAAAAACAGUCCAGAUUGGCUAAGUGUUCAAAUUGCCAACUGACUUCCAAUCAUUAUAUAUAUUUUUUGAAUAUUCAGGGCUGUAUUUAUUUUAACAAUAUAUGUUGUCUGGAUGAAAUGGGAUUUUGGAACAACAAAAAUCUUCAUGAAGGCUCGUGGUCAUGGUUUGAAGGUCGUCGGUGCUUGGGAAGACCAAAGGUCAGUUUACCUGAAGAAGAGGACGCAAGAUCAAGGGGAACGCUCUUUUUAAUCUAGUAGUGCAGAUCACCUUUACAUUUAGCUUUUUAUAUAUUUAUUGAGAAUUUUUGACAGCCUAAGCAGCAAAUCUUCUCUUAAAUUUUACAUUUUGUGUCUAAACUUCAUUUUGUUUUUUAAGAUUUAAUUCCAGUGUAUGCAUUUUUUUAAAUGGGGAGAUAUCAGAUUUCAUCCCCAAUAGACUAUUUUAAUCAAUUUUUAAUAAAUUUGUACUUUUAUUCUUUUCCUCUUUUGAGAUAAAUUUGUGUCACGCAUGCGUAAUUCAGUUGCUUCCACAAAUAAAAUCGGUUUGACUCUACAUAUAAACCACAUUCCUUCUCCUCCUCUUUCUCACAGCGUCAUCGUUUGCAUACAGUGGUCCCUCAGUGCGCCUUCCGCCACACCCCGCGUGCGCACAUGCAUUCCCAGGCUCUCCUCCGCCCAUGCGUCCUCGCGCGUCUGCCUCUCUCCUCUCCCGGCGCGGCCUCUGCGCUCACGCAGACAUGCUCUUUCUGUGCAUCUGCUCGCUCGUCUCCCUGCAUCUUCAUCGCUCCUCUGUCUCGUCAUCAGGUCUGGAGGGUUCUGGGUGGUGCGUCGGGCGCGUCAACGCCAGCUCUCUCCAGGUUUGUGCAUCCAUCGGCGGCGGUGACCUUGACCCGGCGGGCUGCUGCAAGGAUAAGAGACAGGAUGGAAUGGUGGCACUUGACAGAAUUGAAGGGCUGUUUCAGUGCAGCUUAAGAGCGUCAGGCUCUCCAGGACGGGAGCAAGGUGGGAGGACUUGUGCCAGAAAGGUUUCUGGAAACUUGGGAGUUUGUUUUCAGGAGUGCACGGAGAAUGAAGGUUUGAAGGAGGACUUCCUCCGUGUUUCUGUGAUGACCUCCAGAGGUCAAAGUUCCCCUCAAGUCAACGUGUCGCAUGAUGAUUUGUUCACUGCGUGCUCUGACUGGAUCUGGAACACAUCAGAAAAACAUAAAAAGGAUGUUCAUGCCUCUGGCCUCCACUUAGAGCUCUCUCUGGAGGUCUCUUGCCGCGUCUCCUGCACACGUUUUGGCCCCGACAGGGAGCUCGUUGAGGAAGUAUGCAGCGCGAGGGAUGGUCUGGUAAAAGACUACAGCUGCUGCUUUGCCCCCCAGGACAAAGACGGAACAGAGACGACCCGCCUGCACAGCUCCGACCGUUUAAAGGGCUCUCUGGUCAGAGUGAGUUCUGAAGAACGUCUGCUGGUCCUCGAGUUCAUGUUGGAAUCACAAAACAACCACAGUAAGGAGGUUCAUGAAGACCCGAGCGGACCCGUGAUGCUCUGUGAUCAAGUUAUAAGAAUUCACACAGAGAAUCAGGCUUAUUCCACAAAUACAGAUAUAACCCUCCUGGCUGUGGUGGACAUUUUGGAUCCCGUGGACUUCCUGUGGGACUUUGGAGACUUCACAUCAGCACGAGUCAACUCAAGGACCGUCACCAAAAGAUACCGCAGCCCUGGGAUAUAUAAGCUGGUGGUGGUUGCAUUCUGGGGUCAGGUGUCCGUCAGGUCCAAAGAGUUCUCGCUGGUGGUGCAGAGAGCAGUGAAGCUCAACAGGCUGGUUCAUGCGGCUUCAGUUAUGCAGAACCACACGGUCACAGUGAGUUGCAGAGUCAACGUGGGAACCAACCUCACCUUUCUGUGGAGCUUUGGAGACGGUACGGUCAGGUUUGGGCUGAGCACGGAGCAGCAUGUCUUUGUCCGCACAGGGGAGUUUAAUAUUGUGGUGAUUGCAUCCAACUUGGUUAGCUCCGCUUCUCUAAGCAGCUAUCUCUUUGUUGUGGACCGACCUUGCAAGCCUCCACCUGUCAAAAGCCUGGGCCCUCCCAAAAUACAGGUGCGGAGACAUGAGGUUGUCCGUCUGGGUGUGUCGUUUGAUAGCGACCUAAACUGCAGUGUAUCAGGAGAGCUUCACUACUCCUGGACCUUACACGACUCUGCAGGUUUGACCGUCCCUUUGCCUGUCACAAGCACACACAGACAGAGCCUGGUGUUGCAGAGCUUCACCCUCCAAUAUGGCAUCUACAAGGCCACAGCCAGGGUACAGAUUGUUGGUAGUGUGGUGUACAGCAACUACACGGUGAGGCUUCAGGUGGUGCCAAGCCCGGUUGUGGUUGUCAUCCUGGGGGGCACUAACAUCUAUGUUAACAUAAAGAGCAGCGGUGAGGUCACUCUGGAUGGACGGGCGUCUUAUGAUCCGGACUUCCCUUCAAACCCGCUCAGAUACAGUUGGACGUGUCAGCCAGUCAGUACCAUCUCCAGUUUCUGCUUCAAUCAAAGCAUUCCCACUUCAUCGCCUGUCCUCAAAUUUCCCAUGAGCCUCUUGAAGUCUAACUUUGACCAGUUCCAGUUCACACUGACGGUUCACAGCAAAGAGCGUUCAGCCUCAUCAGAGAUCUUCCUCACCCUGUCAUCACACCCAACUGGGAAGGUGUCCGUUCAUUGUCCCGAGUGUCAGGGAGAUCAGGUGAGCUGCGAUCAGGAUUUCUCUGUCAGAGCAGUGUGUGAGGACUGCAACGACUCUGCAGAGAUCAUCCACUUCUCCUGGAGGUUGUUCCUGGUCAAUGCAUCCUCCAAGCCUGUCACAGAGAUCCCGUUCUGCUACACAGUGGAUCUAAAUGCUCCCUCAGCUGUCGUUGAAAAUGCAUUUACAUCCACUUCUGCUCCCGAGAAAUCCCCGCUUACUGAGGAUUCCUCCACUUCUUCCAGAACUCCAAGAGUCUACCAGAAUUCUGAGUUGACUAGUCCAGCUUUAUCACUCACACAUGGUUUUUCUGAGUCCAUCACUGGGAUCGAUCACCUGUUUUCAAACCUUCCUGAUCAGCAGAAUAUGUUCAAUGAAUUCCAGAAUGAUCCCGAAUCAUCUGGUGAAUGGGAGUUCACCUUUCCUUCGCUGGAAAGUGAGGAUCCAAUUAGUCAGCGAGGUGAUUCCAGUGUUCCACAUGUUGAAGAAGGGGAUCCAGGAAUAUCAUCCGGGAGACCCAAAGAUUCAGAUAUAGAGAGCUUUUCUCCAGAAAGUGAUUCUUCUUCCCAUUCAUUGCUACACAAAGAUGAGGGAAGCAAUCUGGUGGAUCCCAAACCUUCUUUACGGACACAAAAACCCGGUUUGCUUGACCUGCACAGGGAUUUAGUGGACAAAAGCCUCUUUGAGUCUUACACUCACACAGGAAUCUCCUCGCCGUUACUGAGUUUUCGAUCCUUCAGUUUAAAGCCGAGCAGCACAUACAUGCUGGAGGUCACUGCAAAGUCUCAGAGACGUUUUUAUGGGCAAACUCAGCUGUUCCUAAAAACCAAGCCUGUUCCUAAAGAUGUGGCGUGUCAGGUGCAGCCUGUCAGAGGGAAGGAGCUGCUCACACAUUUCAGCAUCUUCUGCACUUCUGGGAAGGAGGACCUAAUUUAUAAGUACAGCUUCAGCGUAGGAGGCGGGACACCCAGAAUCCUCUACCAAGGAAGAGACUUCCAGUAUUACUUCAGCCUCCCCUCAGGUGACCCCAGAGAUGAACAUAAAGUGAUUAUUUAUACAGAAAUUCGAAGCAGCAUGUAUGGAUCAGCGACAAAGCUUUGUCCUGUCACUGUCCGAGUCGAGCCGAGCUUCCUCCGAAACUCCUCCUCUUCCUCUUCUUAUCACGAUCCUGAUUUGAUGAUAUCAGAGUCGGGUCUGAGGAACGUGUCGGUUCUGGUGCAGCUCGGAAACGUCGCAGAGAUUUACAACUACAUCAGCCUCCUCUGCAGCGUCCUGAACCGUCUCAGCCUGGACUCUCAGGCUAACACACAUGCUCUGAGGCACCUGCGCAAUGUGCUCAUUUGUAUUGUGUGCAAACUCGGAUACAGUGAACAGGCUUCAGCAGCAGACAGCAUCUUCAUCCUGAACGACCUUCUUCAUGUUCAAAGUCAGGUGACAUUACAGAGCGCCCGGUGGGUCACAGCACAUGUGAGUGCCGUCUCCAUGCAGUUUUCAGAGUCAAACCAGAACAUCCUCAGGGCUCUGGUCAGCCUGCUAUCAUCCAGCCUUCAGGUCGUCACCAGCUCACCUAUAACGUCCUCCAGUGCCGACUCUCUGGAGUCACAUCCAGCUAUGGGUAAAAGCAGAAAUGCUUUUGUGGAUGAUCCUUAUCACUGUAUAACAGACUUGUCUAAAGUAAUUUACGGCAAAGAGUCAGAAUCUAUUCCAAAGAAGCAAAUGAUGCGGGUUGUUAAUGACCUUCUGCAGACUUCCUCGGACUUGAUGUUGAGAAACUUUGUCCUCCAGAAGACCACAGAACUCAGAGUUAGCUCUGACCUGAUCACCUUGUGUGCUGGAUUCCUGAACAAGACCUCCACGUCUAUCCGCUGUGGUUCAAUCACUUUCUACUUACCUGCGUCUUUGAUCGAGAUGCUGCUUCUUCGUGACAGCAUCUCAGCUAAAAGAGGGUUUCCUCAAAAGGAGGGACCACCAUGUGUCCACAUUAUUGGGAUGGAAUUUGUGCACGACCCUUUCAGAUGGGGAAAAUACCCUGUAGAGCUGGAUGGACCUGUGGCUGAUCUGAGUUUAUACAAGUGCGACAGCAGGAGGAAAAUUCCAGUUUACUCCUUUAUUCAACCAAUCACAGUUGAGUUAGAUUUUCCACAAAAGAGGGGCUCUACGUCCGAGUACACCCUCCUGCGCAGCCACAUUAACUAUCACAACUUCAGCAUUACCCAGGAGCACUUGCAGCAGGCAGUCCAGGUGACAGUAGUCUUCACAGCUCCAUCCCUCAAGGCUUUUCCUGUCAAGCUUCUCUUCAGGAUGUUUGAGAGACCAACUCCAAGCGUGCAUCAUUUACACAGAAUUUUGAACUGGGGAAACAACACAAUCCUCCUAACCUUGCCAGCAUCCUACCUCAGCGUUGCCGGUGUUGGACAUUUAGCCUUGCUUGAUGCUAACUUUGGGAAAACACCCACAAGAAGGCAUUUGACUGAACAGAUAAGCUACAGUCUGACAGUAGAGAGCAGUCUGUGUUUGUCCUGGGAUGACCAGCAGGGAUCCUGGACUCAGAACGGCUGCAGGACACUGACAAAUGACAGAAACUCUGCAGUCAACUGCAGUUGUCAUCAGUUAAAGCCAAUAAAAGUGCUGAAGCAGCAGAUUCAGAGCAGCUACUUCAGAGAUGAUCUGGAUCAAUUCUUAAGUGCGCCAAGACAUCUGACCGUGCCGUUUGUGCUGUUGUUUUGCGUCAGCCUUUACAUCCCCGUCCUGGUGUGGUGUAAAAAAACGGACGCCACGUCCGAGGAGAAUCGCAGAGCCCACUUCCUUCCUGACAACUCUGCAACCGACCAACACCUCUAUGCCGUCACCGUCCACACCGGCCUGUGCUCUGCUGCACGUAUGAGUGCAAGAGUUUAUAUAGUGCUGCAUGGAGAAGACGGGCGCUCUCAGACUAAGGAACUGCAUGUCCCAGGAUGCACUCUGUUCACUAGGAACUCUCAAAACACCUUUAUACUGAGUGCAGCAGACAGUCUGGGUUCUGUUUGGGGCGUUCACAUCUGGCACAACAAUUUUGGACCUUCUCCUGAGUGGUACCUGGAACAAGUGCAGGUUUCUGAGCUGAUGCCAGGACACGUGGAGGGACGCUCCUGGCACUUCAUCGGUCAGUGCUGGCUGGCUGUACAUAAAGGCGACGGCCAGGUGGAGAGGAUGUUGCGCGUUUCCACCCAUGGACUGACCUUUUUUAAGAUGUUGCUUCUGAAGCUGUCUGAGUACCUGCCUGAUUACCACAUCUGGAUGUCGGUGUACACUUGUCCCUACCCUCAUCCGUUCACUCGUGGUCAGAGACUCAGCGUUUGUUUGCUGUUGUUCUUGGGGCACACAUGUGUCAACGCAGUCAUCACAUCUCAGUUAGACGAUCAGCUAGCCUUUGACUUGGGUGUCAUCGACGUGACAUCUGUUGCUAUAGCAACAGGGCUUGUGAGUGCGGUGGCUGUGUUACCUGUAGCGAUGGUGAUAUCCUUCCUGUUUCGACUUCAAAGUGGCAGAUUGACGGAAGAUAUUUAUUAUAAAAAUGCCUUUUCUAAAAGAGAACCUAGAGGAACAAAAUACCAGGACACAGAUCUCUUGUUGGUAUCUACUAGAAAUUUAGAAAGUAAGGACCCAGGAGAUGAGGAACCAAUCCAGCCUGAAAAGAAUAAGAGGAACAAAGAUAGUGCAGCAUUCGAGAGCAUCCAGGAGCUGUUGUUUCAAGAAGUGUUGCAGGUUUCUAGAAGGAGCCUUUUCCUUAAAAAAUCAAAGACAAAUGAUGAAUGUGAGCUUCCACCUCAGAAUGAGGCUCAGCAUGAUCAAGUGAAGCGCCGGUGUGGCCUAGCAUUCCUGCUGUGUCGCUGCGUCGCCUGGACAUUGUGUCUGCUCUUGUCUGUGUCCUGCCUGAUCAUCUCUGGUGUGCUGGGAACCAGAUUCAGUAGUGGCAUGGUCCUCCUGUGGAUACACUCUCUCUUUGUUUCUCUCACGUUUUGCAUUUUUGUCAUCCAUCCUGCAAUGGUACUUUGUCUGGCUGUUAUCGCUUCAUGGAGGUUCAAGAAAAGUCGAGACUUUUAUUGUUAUUUCAGUAAAAUGAAUUAUCAUUUGGAAGCUUUAAAACACCAAGACGCUGACCAGCUUCAGUCAUCUGAUUUUACCUUUACAAGAGUUUCAAAUGUCGAAAAGGUCCUUGAAGCUCGUCAGCGAGCUCGGUACCUGCGUCAUGUUCGCCCUCCGACUCGAGCAGAGCUGAGGAAGACUCGUGCAAAGAAAAAAAGAGAGGCUCUUUUUCAUAAAUUGCUGAGGGAUUUGUGUCUCUGUGGCUCCAUGUUUGUUCUGAUGGUGUGCAUCACUUACGGCAGCCCAGUUGAUGAACAUUACAAAAUCAACGCAGCUUUGAGAAGACUCUUCGUAGGGGGUCAUGGGAGUGACUUCAUGUCCAUAAAAAAGCAUGAAGAAUGGUGGAAGUGGAUGCAGACAAGUCUGCUCAGUAUACUGUACCACAAUGAAUCAGAAAUCACACAGAUGUCAUACGUUUUAAUUGGAGAUCCACUUGUACAGAAGACGGAGGUGUGCAGGUCAUUUAGUCAGGUUUCCAUGGUAACGCCUCCAAGGCCAUGUUAUCACAUCGGUUCCUCCUCUGAACAGUUAGUCACAGUCGAUUUAGGUUUCACAAGGUCUGAAGCUACAUCAAAUCUCAGGCUAUGGCAUUUGAGCAGCUGGUUGUCUGAGCAAACAGUGGCCUUGAAGGUUCAGUUUACCUUGUACAGUCCUGCACCUAACUUGUUUUCGAGUGUGACUCUUCUCAGUGAGAAACGCUCCACUGGAUUGUUUCAGUCUUCUUCUACAGUUCAGUCAGUGAGGGUGUACCACUCUCCUUCUAAGCUGGACUAUACUGUCAUGCUCUUCCAGCUCCUGUUCCUCCUCUUGUCUCUUGUAAAUCUCUACUACCAAGUGUUCACUGCAGCCCAGCAAGGAUUGAUGGGAUCCUGGAAGACAACCUCCUUCAGCGUGGAAGUCAGCCUGAUGAUUGUGAGUCUGCUGUAUUACGUUCAUUACGUCUACCGUCCCGUUUUGGUGACGGUACUUGCGAAGCAGCUAAGGAUAAACCCCAGAGGACAUGUGGAUGUUAGCGCCCUCGCCAACUUGGAACAAUUUUCUCGAACCCUACGUGGCAUCAUCCUUUUCCUUCUAGCUGUGAAGUGUGUCACUGUUCUCAGGGUGAACCGGACCUUACCUCCCUCUGUCCCUCUCUUAUCACUCGCCAGCCUUUUAUUGCCAGUGAUUUCAGGCCUUCCUCUUAUAUGGAUGUUCUCCUGCAUGGGGAGGCUGCUUUACAUAGAAAGGACCUUUCAUUCCAUUCAAACUGUGCUUUGGCACUUCUGGAGUCUACAAAAACCCAAGGGUCUCAUCUGUUUAUGGAAGGAUUUUUAUUACUUUGGGUUUCUUUUUGCAUCUUCUACAAUGUUGACGGCAAUGGUUUUUGCUGUGAUGAUCAGAAAGGCAAAAAGGUCUCACAAGACAAAGAACCUGACCAUCAGAGAAGUAUUGGGCUAUGUCAGUCAGAAGUUCACCGGAAUGAACAGACAAAUCGCUGAUUGUCACAAACAGAAGAUCUAUUUUCUUGAGGAGUGUGAGAGUUUAGUGGAUGAAUUACUUUUCAAACUCAGUGCCCUCUCCAACAGCCUGCACCACACUUUGCCCCCCAAACUUCCGACUUACACAGAUGAGAACAGUCCAGUCGCCUCAUCCACAACAGAACUCUAUAAAGAAAAAACACAGGACUUUGCAAGUUCGCUGACCGUAGGCCAAGGAGAGACUACACCAACUUUUUCCCAUGUCAGGCCCCAGUUUGAACUACAAGAAGUCCAACAUUGUGGAGGCAGUAGGGGAUGCAAAGAAGCUCCUAAAAGGUUUUGGAGGGAAGAUAAUUAUGAGAGCCCAGAUGAACACCGGACUGAAAAAGCGACUAGAGGUGGACUUGGAGCUACUCGUUCUCAUGUGGUGGUGGUGGAGGCUCUGGUCCAUCACGAGGAGGGAAACCUAAUUACUAAGACCUCUGUACAAUGAUUUUUGAUUAAAAUUGUUCAAAUAAAGAAUUGAAAAGUG